CAUCUAACCCACAACAUGUGUUCUCCUCCGGCAGCCAAGAAGUUUGCAGAGAUGCAGCCCAAGAAGGAGUCUGCUCCGGCCAAGAAGGAGAAGCCAGCGAAGGAGAACGCCAAGCCGCAGGAGAAGAAGAAGAAGGAGGAGAAGAAGGCGGCCCCCGCUGCCGACGAGGAGAUGGACGAGUGUGAAGCCGCACUCGCCGCAGAGCCCAAGAGCAAGGACCCCUUCGCCCACCUCCCCAAAAGCUCGUUUGUCAUGGACGAGUGCAAGAGGAAGUACUCCAACGAGGACACCCUGACCGUCGCCCUACCCCACUUCUGGGAGAACUUCGACCCUGAGGGCUACUCCAUCUGGUACUGUGAGUACAAGUACCCCCAGGAGCUCACCCAGACCUUCAUGAGCUGCAACCUCAUCUCAGGAAUGUUCCAGCGUCUGGACCGGCUCAGGAAGAACGCCUUUGCCAGCGUUAUCCUGUUCGGCACCAACAACGACAGCUGCAUCUCAGGCAUCUGGGUGUUCAGAGGCCAGGAGCUGGUGUUCCCUCUCUCGGAGGACUGGCAGAUCGACUACGAGUCGUACAACUGGCGCAAGCUGGACCCCAGCAGCACCGAGUGCAAGACCAUGGUGAAGGAGUACCUGGCCUGGGAGGGCGAGUUCAAGCACGUGGGCAAGCCCUUCAAUGAGGGCAAGGUCUUCAAGUGAGAGGAGGGACAGUCGGCUGACGGAGCACUGGAACCCUAAAGGAAAACACGGACUUCAGUCACUUUGUACUUAUUAAACGGGAAGAAAAAGAAAUUGGAGCGUCGGCUUAAUGUAACGACAACUAAGAUCGAUUUGCGUUGCCCCCCCUUACUGCUCAGUGGCUUUGAGUGAAUAAAGCAUUUUACCCCAAUUUCA